AUGUCUACAACUUUACACGAUUCUACGAAGACUCUUUCUUUGAAUACCGGGGCACAAAUUCCCCAAGUGGGUUUAGGUACAUGGCAGUCAAAAGACAAUGAUGCUUAUAAAUCAGUUUUGGCCGCCUUGAAAGCUGGUUAUAAACAUAUCGAUACUGCUGCUAUUUAUCGUAAUGAAGAUCAAGUCGGCCAAGCCAUCAAGGAUUCAGGUGUUCCUCGAGAAGAGAUCUUUGUUACUACAAAACUAUGGAGUACGCAACAUCAUGAACCUGCAAAAGCCCUGGACGAAUCGCUACAAAGAUUAGGAUUAGAUUACGUGGACUUGUAUUUGAUACAUUGGCCUGCCCGUUUAGACACAAAUUAUAUCAAAGAUGGAGAUAUUCUGAGUGUACCAACAAAGGCAGACGGUUCUCGUGCGGUAGAUGUCACCAACUGGAAUUUUAUAAAAACCUGGGAAUUGAUGCAAGAACUACCAAAGACAGGUAAAACUAAGGCCAUUGGAGUUUCCAACUUUUCCAUAAACAACUUGAAAGAUUUAUUAGCAUCUCCAGGUAAUAAGCUUACACCCGCUGCCAAUCAAGUUGAAAUACAUCCAUUACUGCCUCAAAAUGAAUUAAUUAAUUUUUGCAAAAGUAAAAAAAUCAUGAUUGAAGCUUAUUCUCCCUUAGGUAGUACCGAUGCUCCAUUACUGAAAGAACCGACUAUCUUGAAAAUUGCCAAGAAAAAUAACGUCCAGCCCGGACAUGUUGUCAUUAGUUGGCACGCUCAAAGAGGCUAUGUGGUUUUACCCAAAUCUGUCAAUCCUGAUAGAAUUGAAACGAACAGGAAAAUAUUCACCUUAUCUAACGAAGACUUUGAAGCUAUCAACAAUAUAUCGAAGGAAAAAGGUGAAAAGAGAGUUGUUAAUCCAAAUUGGUCUCCUUUCGAAGCAUUCAAAUGA